AUGCAAUCUAAUAUUAUCUAUCAAAACUGCCAAAAUAUUUUUAAACAAGAUCCGAGCAUUUCCGUCUCCGCUUCCGCUUCUGAUCCCUGCACUCCUCGAGUCGGACAGGCCGACCGGCCGCGAGCGGUCACUCCACGUCGACCCUUUAACCUGACAGCUGCCCCGUCUCCGAGCCCGCCGCCCUCGGGGCCUGUGCGGGCAGCUGCAGGCGGGCCGCGGCGGGGGGGGGGGGGUUGUCCUCGCGACCACCUGCUGCGAGGCCGGUGCGCGGAACCCACGCGCGCCCCCCAGCCCCACGGCCCUUCCCCGAGAGCGGAGAACACUUGGGCUCACGGGCCGGGGUCGCCUCCCGCCUCGGUCGCCCGGACCCGGCGGCUGAAGCCGCACCCCGCCUGCCAUGCGUGUGCACGCGUGAGGUCGCAGCGCUCUGCCCCGGCGGCCGCCCCCCGCGCCGGGAACCCCACGCUCGGCCCCGCGAGCACGCGUCUCCCGCUGCUCCGCGCCCGGAGCCAAGUUUCUGGCACAGCCACUUCCAAGAAACUCCUUCCGCGGCCGAAACAGAAACCGCGCUCGGCAGCGGGGGGCACCGGCGGCCGCGAUCCCGGCCGUCCGCGCCCCAUCUCCCCGGGGCGCGCGCCCCCAGCACCGCCGACUCGGCGACGACCCCCGCCGCCCUCGGGGAGCGCUCGCCCCCGCCGGCUCGGGAGCAACGGCGCGCGCCCCCGGCCCGCGGCCCCGCUCGCCCCCUUCCCGCCGCCGCGGCCCCCGACUCGCUCCGGGGAUCGCCCACACGACCAGAGGCCGCCGUCCGCUUCCGCCGCGGCCGCGCGGGGCCCGCUGCCCCGGACGCCGGCCCCGGAGCCCGCGCCGCCCGCGCCUCCGCCGCCCAAGUUGGCCCGCGAGCGCCGCGCGUCCCGGCCGAGGCGGGCCGGGGCAGGUACGUACUCGGCCGGCGGCUGCGGCGGGCUGGGCGCGCUCUCCCGCGAGGACGGCUCGGCCGCGACUCCGGAGACACGGCCCCCGGCGCUCCCUCCUCAGGCGGCUGCGGCGGCCGGGACGCCCCCGCGCCCAUCGAGGGGGGAAGGGAAGGCGGUGGGCGCGCGCUCCGGCUCCCCACCCGGCUCGGACGCGCCCGCCCGCCCGCCCGCCAGCCCCGACGGCGCUCGGCUCGGCCGCGUCCGCGGCGGCGGCGGCGGCUCCUCCGGGCUGCGGCGCGCGGGCGGUGGCGGCGGCGCCUCCCCCGCCGCGCCCGCCCUCCUCCCCGCUUCCCUGCUCCUCCCGAUUCCGCGCUUGCCACAUUCGCCGCUCCGGCUCCCGCCCACGCGCGGCCGAGUGACGCAGAAGCCGGCGUGGGCCGGCGCGGGCCGGGGGCGGGGGCGGCGGCCGCCGGGGCCCGGGCUCGGCCCCUUCCCGCCGCCCCCUCCGCGGAGCCCGGGGGGCGGCCCGUUCGCGCGGCAGCUGGGAGGAACCGAGGGCGGGGGAGCGGGGGGGCGGGGACGCCGCCUCGGGCCUGCGCUCCGGCCGCCCGCCGAGCCGCGGGGAUCUGCAGUUUGGGAAAAAAAACCCGUCCGAACGCGGGAGGCUCCCGGUGCAGCGUUCCCAAGAGCGCGGCCCGCCGCUCCGGCUGCUCGCGAGGCCGCCCCGAAGCCGAGAGCGCCCGCGGCCCUGCGCGCCCGCUCGCCCCCGCCGGAGGCCGCCGCGCCGGUGCCCCUCGGGCUGCGGUGCUGGGGCGUCCCGCGGGGGGGUGGGGGGGGUCAGCGCGGCCGCCCGGCGCGGGGUGGCAGGUGCGCAGCCGGGGACCGGCCGUGGCCGUCCCGCAGGGCCCCCGCCUCGCCCCUGUCGCCCCCGCGCCCCGGCCCUGGCGGCGGGAAGGGGGAGGGGCAGAGCGGGAGGCGACCGUCCUGGGGCGCGGCUGGGACGAGCGGGUCGCCUGCGGGCCGCCGAUUCCGCCGCUGCCACCCCCGAGAGCCGGCCUGUCCCUUUGCGGGUCCGCGCGGCCGCUUCCAGGCGAGGAGGUCCGCCCGCGCCGCAGCCCCGCGGGGCCGCGAAACAGAGUCCCCGGGCGCGCGGCGGAGUCUCAGUUCGGUCUGCAUAAACUUUUCUAACCAAAGUAUUGAAAACCUCCAUAAAUGUACUUCAGCUAUUGCCAAAAGAAAAAAAAAAGGAAAUUUGUUUUAGAAUCUACCCUGUGUUUGCACAGACGGAAAAUGGGAGAAUCCCCGGGUUUCAGCAGCCAUGUGCUCUUGCAGGACACAACUACUCAGUAAACCGCCAGCUGCUGCCAGCACAGGUACAGUCGCGUUUUAGCAUGAAAAUCCGGUUUCUAGAAGCCUUGCCCGCAGCCUGGCUGACCUCCCGGACGGGGCCCCCUUCGCGGCACGGGUGCGAGGCGCGCUCGGAGAGGGGCUCCUCCUCCCGCAUCAGCCGCGGACGGGGCCGGGCGCGGAAAGGAAAAGACCCUCUUAAAGGCUCCGCGCUUUGUUCCUCCUGGUCACAAACCUCUGGAGAGAAGGGGUAACACCGCGAUGGGAUGCAGCAUGUCCAUGAUGUGUACAGUUAACGCCUGGCCCCGUGUGAGUGAGGGGUGCCCUGCGGACUGGCCUGGCGGUGCUUCCAGUGAACAGGCAGGCUCGCUCCCUCAAGUUCAACAAUUGGAGAAAAUCUGCGGGAGGUUUGUCUUAACCCAGUUGUGGUUUUGCUCCUGUGGACCUUGUUCUGCUACAGAGACAGUUAACAGGUUGUUACAAAAUAAAGACAAUUUCUUGGAAAGAUGCAGGUUAACAAAAUUUCAAGCAAUGAAAACGGCAAAAUUCUAGUUUCUCUCUGGAAUCUUGAUGUUUUGCAAACAUUGUUGGUUGUAAAGGGCUAGAAAAAAAAUAACUUCCUUCCAUGAGUUUGUACAAUUAGUAAUUCACAAGUCAUGAAAUGAGCAAUCUUAACCUAGACUAUUGAGCCUCCCAGUAGAAUUGUUUCCAGAGUGGACAGAAACACAUUAAGUUCUCUUACUGAACCUGGAUGUUUGGCCAGUAUUGAACAAGAUGCUGAAAAGGAAACAUGUUAGGGAAGAGAUUAUUCUUCUGCCUUGUGACUAGGUACAAUAAUUUCCCCUUAUCCGUUGGGGGGGGGGGUUAUACUUUAAGGCCCCUGGUGAAUGCCUAAAGUCACAAAUAGUACCAAGUCCUAUAUAUAUAUAUAUAUUGUGUUUUUUCCUGUAACUCUCUAUGAUAAAUUUAUAAAUUAGGCACAGGAAGAGAUUAACAACAGCAAGUAAUAAUAAACUAGAACAAUUAUAACAACAUACUGUAAUAAAGUUAGGUAAAUGUCUCUCUCAAAAUAUCAUUGUGCUAUACUAACCCUUCUUGCAGUGAUGAGAUGAAGUGAGAUGAAGGACUAGGCCUGUGACGUGGUUCCAGCUCAUUAUCCGCCUGCCAAUGUUACCUCAGAAGGAGGGUCAUCUACAUCUAGACCAUGGGUUCCUGAAAGCAAGGAAAGUGAAAUCUGGGGCUACUGUAUUUCUACAGUUAAACACUGAUAUCCCUCCUUGUUUGUUUUCUGGGCACGUUUAGAUAGUAUAUCCUUCCCACAUUAAGAAUGGUAUUUUUGGCCCACUUUGCAUUGCCUUAAACACUCUCUGGUGCUGGGGGAAGUGGUGGGAGGAAGGAAAAUGAAGAAAAGAUAAAUUUUUAAGCUUUUAGGCGUCCAAUUCUCUGUCUACAGUGUCUAUAUGACAACAGUAUAAUCAGGAUGGCUCCUCACGAGCAGAACUGAGGCGUUCAUCUGUAUCUGAGACAACUCAGGGCUUGAUCCUGGGACUCCCAGAUCCUGACCCCAGCCAAAGUCAGAUGCUUAACCCACCGACUGAGCCACCCAGGCGCCCCGGGGAGAGUCGUUGUUGAAGAGAUCGCGAAUUCUCUUGCCUCUACUUACACCUGAGGACGUAGCAAGAAGAUGGCAUCUGUGAACCAGAAAGUGGCUCCUUACAAGACCCCAAAUCAUCUGCCAGUGCCAGCACCUUGAUCUUGGACUUCCAGAUAGUGAAGAAGUAAAUUGUUGUUUAAGGCACUCGUCUGAGUAUUUUUGUUAUGGCAGCCUGAAGGACUAAGACACCGGCCGCUAAUGAUUCUCAGCCAACUACACGGGGCAGGGAGUGGUGAGUAGGGAAAAUACUUCGCUCACAGCCUCUGGAGUUUAUCCAGAUCCCCUUCCCUUUGCACGCCGUAUUCUGGGCUUUCUUGUUGCUCCCAGUCCCGGGCUCAGCCUUUGUCUUCCAUCCGGCUGGCUGUGAUGACAGCAAGGCUGUGCUCACUCUUCGCCUUUCUCUAAGCUCUCUUUCCGCAGGUCUACACCCCGCAGGUCUACACUCCGCAGGCAGAGGACCCACCGGUGAGAGUGGAUUACCCUUGAGGGUGGAUGAAAGAUUUGGAGAGCCUUCCUCGGAGCAGACGGGCAAGAGUUGGAAGAAGAUAGAGGGAGAGGAAGC